GGAGGGCUGGGAGCGCCCGGAGCUGCGCCGAACUCGCCGGGGACGUCGGGCGCCGGCUCCCUGGCUCGCUCACUCGCUCCGACCGGCUCCCUGCGCCUCCUCCCGGGACUGAGCGGGGACCCCGGCCCGGGCGGGCGCGGGGCGAGCAGAGUCCCCGGGCGGGAGGCGCGCGCUCCGGGCAGCACCCGGCCCCGGGCAUGGACAGAGGGAGCUGGGCGCGCAGGGGGCGCCGCGGGACCGGGCGGCCGGAGCGCUGAGCCAGACAAAGGCUCAGGAGUUGCGCUUGCUUUCGGGAGCCGGGCCCCGGGCGCCGAGGCAGCGGGACCCCGCGGCGGGCGGCUCCGGCCGGCCACCUCCCCCGCGGGCCGGCUCCGCGCGCCCGGACCUGCCCUGCCCGCCUCUCCUCGGGCGUGGGAAUUUGCCGAGGGGACCUAAGCGGCUCCGGCGGGGACCCGGACCAGGAGGUCUGCCGCGCGCCCGCCGGGCGGGGAGCCAGGGAGCGUCGCAAGUUUCCGAGCCGCGUGCGGGGCCCCGGCGCCGGCCAGCGGGCGAGCCCUGCGUGCAGCGCUCCCGGCCGGGCUAGGCGCCGAGAGCAUGGGCAGCGACCGGAGCGCGCCCGGACGGCCGGGCUGGGCGGGCAGUCUCCUUGGCGGCCGGGAGGCGGCGGCGCGGCCGCGACUGCUGCCGCUGCUCCUGGUGCUUCUGGGCUGCCUGGGCCGCGGCGCAGCGGCGGAGGACGCAGAAGUCAAUGCCGAGAACUGGCUGAGGCUCUACGGCUACCUGCCCCAGCCUAGCCGCCACAUGUCCACCAUGCGCUCUGCCCAGAUCCUGGCCUCAGCCCUCGCCGAGAUGCAGCGCUUCUAUGGGAUUCCGGUCACAGGCGUGCUUGACGAAGAAACCAAGGCGUGGAUGAAGCGACCCCGCUGCGGGGUGCCAGACCAGUUCGGGGUGCGCGUGAAAGCCAAUCUGCGGCGACGGCGGAAACGUUAUGCCCUCACUGGGAGGAAGUGGAAUAACCACCACCUGACCUUCAGCAUCCAGAACUACACAGAGAAGCUGGGAUGGUACCACUCACUGGAGGCAGUGCGAAGGGCCUUCCGUGUGUGGGAGCAGGCCACGCCCCUGGUCUUCCAGGAGGUGCCCUAUGAAGACAUCCGGCUGCGGAGGCAGAAGGAGGCCGACAUCAUGGUACUCUUUGCCUCUGGCUUCCACGGCGACAGCUCACCAUUUGAUGGCACAGGGGGCUUUCUGGCCCACGCCUAUUUCCCUGGCCCUGGUCUGGGCGGGGAUACCCAUUUCGAUGCAGAUGAGCCCUGGACCUUCUCCAGCACCGACCUGCAUGGGAACAGCCUCUUCCUGGUGGCCGUGCAUGAGCUGGGCCACGCGCUGGGGCUGGAGCACUCCAGCAACCCCAGUGCCAUCAUGGCACCAUUCUACCAGUGGAUGGACACCGACACCUUCCAGCUGCCCGAGGACGACCUCCGGGGCAUCCAGCAGCUCUACGGCACCCCAGAUGGUCAGCCACAGCCCACCCGGCCUCUCCCCACUGUGACUCCCCGGCGACCGGGCCGGCCAGACCAUCGGCCUCCCAGACCCCCUCAGCCACCACCCCCAGGCGGAAAGCCGGAGCGGCCCCCAAAGCCGGGCCCCCCAGCCCAGCCCCGAGCUACGGAACGGCCUGACCAGUAUGGCCCUAACAUCUGCGACGGGGACUUUGACACAGUAGCCAUGCUGCGUGGGGAGAUGUUCGUGUUCAAGGGCCGCUGGUUCUGGCGGGUCCGGCACAACCGCGUCCUGGACAACUAUCCCAUGCCCAUUGGGCACUUCUGGCGUGGUCUGCCCAGUGACAUCAGUGCUGCCUACGAGCGCCAAGAUGGACGCUUUGUCUUUUUUAAAGGUGACCGCUACUGGCUCUUCCGAGAAGCCAACCUAGAGCCCGGCUACCCGCAACCGCUGACCAGCUACGGACUGGGCAUCCCCUACGACCGCAUCGACACGGCCAUCUGGUGGGAACCCACAGGUCACACCUUCUUCUUCCAAGAGGACAGGUACUGGCGCUUUAAUGAGGAUACACAGCGUGGAGACCCCGGCUACCCUAAGCCCAUCAGCGUGUGGCAGGGGAUCCCUACCUCCCCCAAAGGGGCCUUCCUGAGCAACGAUGCAGCCUACACGUACUUCUACAAGGGCACCAAGUACUGGAAGUUUGACAACGAGCGCCUGAGAAUGGAGCCGGGCUACCCCAAAUCCAUCCUGCGGGACUUCAUGGGCUGCCAAGAGCACGUGGACACGGGACCCCGAUGGCCCGAUGUGGCCCGUCCGCCCUUCAACCCCGAUGGGGGUGCAGAGCCCGGGGCGGACGGUGACAGCGAAGAGGGCGAUGAGGGCCGCGAGGCCGGUGCGGGUGGCGGAGAGGGGGACUUCGGGGAGGGGACAGGUGAGGACGGGGGCAGCCGAGUGGUGGUGCAGAUGGAGGAGGUCACGCGGACAGUGAACAUGGUGAUGGUGCUGGUGCCACCGCUGCUGCUGCUCCUCUGCAUCCUGGGCCUCACCUACGCCCUGGUGCAGAUGCAGCGCAAGGGCGCCCCGCGCAUGCUCCUCUACUGCAAGCGCUCGCUGCAGGAGUGGGUCUGACCCCGCCCCGCGCCCGGCCCUCCCGCUCCUCACGGUGCUAACGGGGCCCGGGGCUGGCGGUGCCCGUGGUUUUGAGACGGCUCCUGGGGGCACCCAGCAAGGGCCUUCCAUGGCUCCCUCAGCCCCUGGGUGGGGGCCCCUCCAGGCCCCUCCAACAUCCCUGCCAGCCCUGCCCCAUUGUUUAUUUAUGCCCAGGGUUUUCUUUUCUUUUCUUUCUUUCUUUUUUCUUUUUUUUUUUUUUUUUUGCACACUAAUUGAGUAUUUGUUUCUACUUUCCCGACUAGGAGCAGCAGUCCAUCAGGGCAGGGGUUAGAGUUUUCUAAAUGUAGUUCUGCUCUGGACAGGGGGUUACCUCCCCGACCCCACCCCUUCCCACCCCAUACCGCCUCUGGCUCGGGCACAGCCAGAGGACCAGAGGGUCAGAAGGCCCAGUUGGAAAGUAGCUGAAGGGUUUUGGAGGGGCCCUCCUCAACCUGAGCGAGCUCUGGAGACUGGGGGGACCUGACUGGUCUCCACCCACCUGAAUCUCUGACUUAGGAAGAGCUUACUCCCCGGGGGCAGCCCCAGGCCACAGGGGACAGACAGGAAGGUGAGGUAGCCUACUGGCCAUGAGUCAUGUUGAGUUUUGGUUGCUUCCCAGCCCACCUCUCUCAACCCCAGUAACUGAGGCUUCUCGUGUCUUAAGAUGCCCACCCCACCCCCAACCAGCCAAGGGGCCCACAGCCCCAGCUCCCACAUACCGCUUGAGCCCACACCUCCUGGCCUGCCUUACCAAGGACCAAAGGGGGUCUGCCACGGCCCCUCCACCCAGGAGCCUCGCCCCCCCCCCCCGCCCCCCCGAGGCUGGGCUUCUAGCCCCCAUCCACUCCUCUCUGAGCUAUGACCCACUUGGGCUCCUUCCUUGGGCCUCUUCCCACCCACCCUCAUCCACACCACUGUCCUCAGGGGUCUCAGAACCCCACCGGUCUCAGGCCCCAGCUGCCAAGGUCCCAGUGGCCCCAGGGAGACAGGGGGCUGAUGGGUGCCCACAGCCCACCAUGCACCAGGCUCGGGGGUUCCUCCCCUCCCCUCCCUGUCCCCCAGGGCACUGGGGUGGGGGGGGGUAGACAUGUGGAGAGGGGCCAGCAGCUCAUCCCCUCAUGCAGACUGGGAUGUGGCUGUGGAGCCCCAAGAGGAGCCCAUUGUGGCCUCGGAGACUCCCCUUCUCCUUGGCUCAGCCCUAAGGGCAGAGACACUUCCUCCUUCUUUUCCUUCCCGAAGUAAGCAGGCGGCAAGGCUGCUGUGGAAAUGGUACUGUACAGCCGGCUCUGUCCCCUCUGCUUCCCCUCAGCCCGGGGCAAGCGUGCCUGCCACCCAGAUCCCCGAGGCCCCUGGAGGGAGGGGUUCUCAUGGGCUGACCUGGAUCACAGGUCCAGCGGCUUGCUCCCCCCUCCAUCCUCAGAACCGGAGAGCCAGCCAAGGGAUGGGGGGUGGAGGUCAGUGUCCACCCUUAUAUGUUUCUUUCUGUAAAUAAUCUGCACUGAUUAAAUUGUACAGCCGGCAA